AUUAACCAUGAUGCACUGGUGUGAUUGACAGUGCUCAUUAGCAGCAGGACGCAGGUGGUGAAUAGAGCUGUCACUCAGAAUGCCCAGCACUGGUGUGAGUAAGGAGAUUGUAGAGCUCAUUUGGCACUAGAGAUGCUGAACCUUAAGGACACACUGGGACAGCAGAGAAGCCUAUUAGAUGUAUGUAGCACUUUAUAAUAGUAAUAAUGAUGAGGAUGGAUAUUAUGAGGAAGGGGUCGGGAAUGCAAAGUACAGAUGAGGUAUUGUAAAGUUUGUUUGAAUCUUGAUUUCUCAAACGGAAAAAAAAGGAAGAAAACGCGUGCAUCUACUCGCCUGAUGAGCUGCUGGGCCUGAAGCUUGUGCCAAUAGAAUGUUGAUGUAAAGUGAUAGGCGUGACCUGCAGCCAUGGCGCAACUGUACAGCGCGUCCUUCUGUACAAACACUCAGCCGACUGCCAGCAGCGCCACUCAACUCACGCUCUAGAAAGCACCAGAUUACAAACCGUUAAAGCAACGGAUACAGAACACAAGAGGACUGAAAAUAACAGGAAAUUGCCUGAAGAGACUGAGUCGAUUCUUUAUUUUUGGAGAGCUAAAAGAUACGGGAAAUUAGGGAUGCAAAUAUAUCAGGGUAGAUCCGUGUAAAGAAUCAGGGGAUAAUCAGGGUUGUGAUUUUUCCGAUGACGGCAGGUUCUCUUUUCCACUGAAACACUAUUAAAACAAGCUCUAGAGUUAGAGUUGCUGAGCACUGUUGCCUCUCUCUCUCUCUCUCUCUCUCUCUCUCUCUCUCUCUCUCUCUCUCUCUCUCUCUCUCUCUGUCGCGCGCGCUCUUGCUUUGCCGUGAUGGCUGAGGAGGACGGUGCCAUGGCGAGUCCGGCGAAGUGCAGCUCUCCAAACAGCAGCAGCAGCUUCAGCGUGCUCUGCUGGGAGCAGGUGCAACGGCUGGACAACAUACUGACCGAGACUAUCCCGAUCCACGGCAGGGGAAACUUCCCCACGCUGGAGAUGCAGCCGAGGCAGAUUGUGAAGGCGGUGCGGAGUCGACUGGAGCAAAGCGAGAUAAGAGUGCGCGACGUGCGCCUUAACGGCUCAGCGGCCAGCCACGUGCUGCACGAGGACAGCGGGCUCGGGUACAAGGACCUGGACCUGAUCUUCUGCGCCGAGCUUAAGGGCGAGAGCGAGUUCCAGACUGUCAAGGACAUAGUGCUAGACUGUCUAUUGGACUUCCUUCCCGAAGGAGUCAACAAAGAGAAAAUUACACCCUUGACCUUAAAGGAAGCUUAUGUUCAGAAGAUGGUGAAAGUAUGCAAUGACUCAGAUCGCUGGAGCCUCAUCUCACUCUCUAACAACAGAGGAAAGAACGUGGAGCUCAAGUUUGUCGACUCAUUGCGAAGGCAGUUUGAGUUCAGUGUGGACUCAUUUCAGAUCAAGCUAGACUCCCUGCUUCUGUUUUAUGAAUGCUCUGAGAACCCAAUGGCCAAAACAUUUCACCCAAGCAUCAUUGGUGAGAGUGUGUAUGGAGAUUUCAGUAUGGCUCUGGAACACCUGCGCAACAAGCUGAUCUGCACAAGGAACCCAGAAGAGAUCCGUGGUGGUGGUCUUCUAAAGUACUGCCAUCUACUGGUGAGGGGCUUCCGAGCGGACUCUGAGAGUGAGAUGAAGUCUCUGCAACGUUACAUGUGCUCACGCUUCUUCAUUGACUUCCCUGACAUCAACGAGCAACAGCGCAAACUGGAAUCCUACCUCCAGAACCAUUUCGUGGGCUUGGAGGAUCGCAAAUACGACUAUCUGAUGACGCUGCACGGGGUGGUAAAUGAAAGCACUGUGUGCCUGAUGGGACAUGAGAGGCGGCAGACAUUAGGGCUUAUUGCCAUGCUGGCUGUUCGUGUGUUGGCUGAGCAGAAUGUUAUACCCAAUGUGGCAAACGUCACCUGCUACUACCAACCUGCCCCAUAUGUAGCCGAUGCCAACUUCAGCAAUUACUAUAUUGCACAGGUGCAGCCAGUGUUUGCAUGCCAGCAGCACACAUACUCAACCUGGUUACCCUGCAACUGAUUGCAUGGUGCAUUGUAGAAUAAGAGGGGAAAAAAGGUUGUAUUUUUGUAAUUUGUCCAGAGCAUUUCAGAGAAGCCAGAGCAAAAUGAUUGCGCUUUUCUGCUCUGAAUUAAAAGCCCCAUGAUUUCCAGAGUGAAUAUUAAAGGAAAAUUUGCAUUACAAGAGGAAAUGUGUCAGCUGACAGUAUUCUUGUUCUGAUUGUUAUUUUGACCAGCUUUGCUAACAGAUGUCAGGGGCAUUCUGCGUGGCCCUACCAUGCCCAAUUCCGGAAGGAUCUUUUAGAUUGCUUCAGAAGAAGCUCUAAAGUCAUAGAGAAUGCAACCAAUGGACAGUUGUUAAACACCUGGAAUCAGUCUGGCUGACGUGCAUCAAAGACUGGCUUCAUUAGUGCUGAUUUAUGGAAAGCUUCCUUGCUGACCAUGCAGCAUCCAGCAGCCUUUCUUCAUGUGGUCUGCAGAGGUAGAGAGGACCAAAAAUAGAGCUGGAGUCUUCUAUAAGCUCUUACUUUUGAUCUGACACAAAAAGGUGAGGGCACAACUUAUUUAAAAUGACAAAAAUAAGUUAGAAAUAGAAAUAGGUCAUAUUCUUGAUAAAUGUUUACAAAACCAAAGAUUUUAUGAUUGUCUCUUUUUAUUGCCCAAAUUUGAAGGUAGUUCUGUCUAUAUUUGUAUAUGUGAAAUAAGCAUUCUAAGUGCCUAAUGCAGAAUGUUAAGGGAAUUAUGCUGAACAUUCUGUUCUUGUGAAUUAACUAACCAUGUCCAUGAUCAUCGUAAACAACAAAAGGACUCAAAGAUUGUGAAUGUAUGGCCAAUUAGCGUGUAAUUUCUGGAAGUUGAUAUAGGUUCAGCAUGAUGAACCUAUAUUGAAAAAUGAUAUUUUUUUCUUCAGUUCAUAGAUGUGAGAAUAAGACCGAACAUAUCAAUAUUUGUGGUGCUCUAUUUUUGAAACACUGCGUCAAAACUUAAGAAAAUUAGGUAGCCAAAUCAUCUAUCUCUUAAUUUAUUGUUACUUGUAAUAUGAACAGGAGUCAAACUGAAAUGACCUCCUUAAUACAUUUGUUACUGUAUGUAUCAUAAUUAACAAGGAUAGAUUUUUCAUUGCUUAAGCUUUGUACAUUUGGCGAAAUUCAGUCUUGCAGCAUGACCUGUACAUCUGUCGCUCUUGGCUCAGAAAAGACUUUUUGGGCAAAAUCCCUGUGUAAGGUGAGAAAAGAAAGUCAAAGGCAUGGUGCACUAGAAAACAAAGAGCCAUGUUAUUUAAGUGAGGGGAGUGCGCUUUCCCACUGCCAUGAGGGAACAUAUUUGUUGAGGCACUUCUGAAGGUGGGACACUAUUUGAUGUAACACCCUAGCAGGGAAUUCCUCAGUCGCCGCUGAAGCGCUGAGACUAAAACCGACUGUGUUCAUGCUUCCUCACUCGGGUUCAUUCUGUGUGUUUCCUAGCCCAGCAUUCAGCUUCUGCGAGCAGAGCAUAACCUGUUCUUGAUUAAUAGUGACAAGAGGAAGCAUGUCUGGGUGGCUGAGACAUGUAAAUUCGAGAUGGAGAAGGCAGGGAAUGAGAGAAUGUUUGAAAGCGCACAUAGGAGAGCUGAGGAGGCGCAGGAGAGGGAGUGAGAGCUGGGGAGAUGGGUGCAGCUGGUGAAGGGGUUCAUCUUCUUUUCCAUAUAACUUUUAAUCAGAAGCGCCUGUUAUGGCUCUAAAUGAUGUCGCUUUGAGACACAGAGACUUAAAGAGACUUAACAAGAAAAAUGUUGACCCAAUAUACUCAAAUAUAGUUUAUUUAAGUGUAACACAAACAUACUUUCUUUAUCAUGAGCAUUUAAAAAAGAGUGAUAACCAAUAAUGUGUAUCCAUUAAAUACUGGUUUAAAAACAAGGACCAGGAAACAUUUGAUGGUAUUUAGGUAGGGUGAUAUAAACAGAUUCAGCAACUGAUUUAAGAUUUGUCCCUGUCUUCUCCAUUCUACCAGGUUUGGAUUGAUUGAGGUUGGUUGUGUAUGGUAGCACAGUGCAGUGAUGCUGAGAGGAACUUGGGCAGACUAUGGUGUGUGUCUACUGCUAUAUCAAGCAGAAUCGUAAAUGUUCUUUUGUUUUUUUUCUAUCCUGCUAUUUUAGAUGCUCAUUUGUCAUUUUGUGAUUCACAUGCAACCUUGUUUUUAGGGAAUAUUUUAAUCAUAUUUGUCUUUGGAGUCCUGUGGAUGACACAGGAGAAUUUUACAUAUGCCCCAUGAAUACACUGAAUACAUUGAGUUUAGUUUUGCUUAGCUGACAACCAAAAAAGUUCAUAAAAAUACAAAAUAAGUAGCAGACAAUCCCUUGUUGCACAGUGAUCGAAACUGCUUUAACAAUUUUAAAAAUGAGAUUCAUUGAAAAUGAGAUUUUCAGUCUUUGUAUCAUUCUUGUUUUGAAUAAAUGCAUUAUAUGCCAUAAUUGUCAAUCUGCUUUGAAAUGUGUGAUCAAGCUGCUAAAUGUUUUUUUUUAAUCGCUCUUUUGAACAUAUUAUUGUUGUGUCCAAUGGGUCGAACAUUUAAAUGUUUCUUUUUUCCUCAAUAAAAAGUGAAAAACACAAGUAAUCUUA